GGCGGCGGGGCGCUGAUCGCCGGCGCGGGAAGCGGGAGGGGGCGCGGUCGGUCCGGCGGGCGCGCCAUGCCGCGGGGCUGAGCGGCGGCCAGCGAGCAAGCGAGCCGGGAGCCUCUGCCGGAGCCGCGGAGCCAGAAUGGGGCGCCCGCUCGCCGCGUCGGGGACGCCCCCCGCCGCCCUCCUGCUGGCCCUGGCGGUGCUCCUGGCGGCCUCCGAGCCCCGUCCGAGAUUCCCAGGAGGCCCCACUGCCCAGGGCCCCCCCUGGAGGAGCAGCCAAGGGCCCGCCACUCUCAGCAGCCAGGCCCCGGCGAAGGAGCUUCCGGCGUCCCCCGGGGAGAGCCCUUGGUCGGGGGGCAACGCCUCCGCGGGCGAGGCGCCCUUCCUGCAGGCAGCCCGGGCGAAGGAGUCCCAGCUGGUGCCCCCCGCUCUGCCCCGCGGCGGUGCCAGGAAGGCGACGGGCGAAGGCGGCCCGGGGGAUCCGGCGGCCAGCAGCUUCCCUGAGCGGGCGGAGGGAGAGGAAACCCGGCCGGGUCUCUGCCCGGGCUGCUCCAGGAGGACGACUCGGGAGAUGGGCGAGACGGAUCCGGCCAAGGAUCCCGGGGAAGCGUCCUCGACCGCCACCCUCUCAGCUCAGCCGGGCCGGGGAGAAGACGGGCCGUGGAAGCUUCUGGACAGAGGCAAAGCGGGGCCGGGCAGCCCGUCCCCCGCCGCGGGGAGCCAGGAGGACGCGGGGAGCGGCGACCCGCACGCCAAGGCGCCCCCCAGCCCGGGACGCUUGGGCGAAUGGGGCACCGCGCUGCCCCCCCUCGACUUCGACCCCGAGGCCGGUCUGGCGGGGGGCCCCCUCCUCAGCCGCGACUCCGCCGAGACGGACCUGCUGCUCGACCCCGCUGGAGCCCCCACGCGCGGCCACCCCUCCCAGGCCCUGGAGGGAGCCGGGGGCGCCCCGGAGCAGGACCUGAGCCCGGAGGAAGAGCCCCCGGAGCUGCGGGUGGGCUCCUCCAGCCGCUCCCCGGCGGAGGGGGCGGAAGGCGGCCCCGAGUUGACCCGGCCGGACGCCGAGGGCCCCCGCUCCGUGGUCCCCACCGCCCUGAAGGCUGCCCAGGCGCCCAGGCCCUCCCCGGACCCCUUGGCCUCCGAGAUCAUCGACGUCGACUACUACGACCUCUUCGACGGGGGCGGCCUGCGCGGGCCGGGCUCGGACUCCACCAAGAGGAAGCCUCCGGAGGAGAAGGGGUUCCCGUGGGCCUUCCGGGACCUCUACGACGACUUCACCCCCUUCGACGAGUCGGAUUUCUACCCCACCACCUCCUUCUACACGGACGGGGAUGAGGACGACCUGGAAGAACCGGAGGAGGACGAGGACGAGGAGGAGGAGGAGGAGGAGGGCGGCGGCGGGCCGGCCCGGGGCGGGGUGGAGAGGGGGGGCUCCCGCGGCCCCACGCUGGCCACCCCCAAGGUCCAGGGAGCGGAGCCCACCAGCCGCCGCUACAUCCUCCCCCCGCUGCAGACUUUUGUCGUCUCUGGGGGCGGCGGCGGCAUGGCCACCCCCAGGCCCCCUCCGGUGGGACCCGGCCGGGAGGCGAGCCUGCCCGCGGCGGGCAGCGAGAACGGCACCGAGUGCCGGAGCGGGUACAUCCGGCACAACGCCUCCUGCAGGUCCGUGUGCGACACCUUCCCCAGCUACUGCCACAACGGGGGGCAGUGCUACCUGGUGGAGAACCUGGGCGCCUUCUGCAGGUGCAACACCCAGGAUUACAUCUGGCACAAAGGGAUCCGCUGCGAAUCCAUCAUCACCGACUUCCAGGUCAUGUGUGUGGCCGUGGGCUCGGCGGCCCUCGUGGUCCUGCUCCUCUUCAUGAUGACCGUUUUCUUUGCCAAGAAGCUGUACCUGCUCAAGACGGAAAACAUCAAGCUUCGCAAGAGCAAAUACCGAACGCCUUCGGAGCUCCACAACGACAACUUCUCCCUCUCCACAAUUGCUGAGGGAUCCCACCCAAAUGAUGAUCCCAGUGCCCCUCACAAGCUCCAGGACCCCUUGAAAUCCUGCCUCAAGGACGAGGAAUCCUUUAACAUUCAGAAUUCCAUGUCGCCCAAGCUUGACAACGGGAAAGGGAACCCAGACGACUCCGAAGCGAAUAGUUUGCAGAACAACCUGACUUGAAGCCGGGGAGGAGCUGGAGAAGUCGACGACGCAAUGGAAAAAAGGAAGAAGCGGAUUUCGUGCACGAGAGCCAUUUCCUCUUAGAGCGCAUUUCUUGUCUUUGUUUGGUUUCCCUGCCGACUUCAUAGCAUGCUUUGAUGUAUUUUGUACAGAAAAAAAGAAAAGAAAGAAAAGGCAGAAGACGAUCCUUGCAGCGUCCCCCCCCCAAUGAAUGGUGUGCAUUGAUUUCUUGGUGUGUCCCUGUCUGUAUAUAUUGCCUGGGUUAGUUGGCUUCACCCCUUCCCGCCCCCUUCCUCUGCUGUGAUUUCUAACACUUUGCUGCGGCUCAACUGACUUUUUUAUUUGUACUUCACCCAGCCUUUUUUGAGAAAUAAGUUUAAAAAUGUGAAAAAAGUUAAGAUCUUGA